ACAUGGCGUCUUCCUUGGACGAGGAUGAGAUCGACAGUGAUGAUUUCUACUCUUUGCUGAACGUCCGGAGAGAGGCUACACAGGAUGAACUGAAGCAAGCGUACAGGCGGUUAUGCAUGCUCUAUCAUCCAGACAAACACCGGGACCCUGAGCUAAAAGUCCAAGCAGAACAGCUGUUUAACCUCGUACAUGAAGCUUAUGAAGUGCUCCGUGAUCCACAGUCACGGGCUAUCUAUGAUAUCUAUGGCAAGCGAGGACUCGAUGUUGAAGGAUGGGAGGUGGUGGAGAGGAAGAGAACCCCUGCAGAGAUCCGAGAAGAGUAUGAGCGUCUUCAGAUAGAGCGAGAAGAGAGAAGACUUCAGCAAAGGACCAACCCAAAGGGAACGAUUAGUGUGGGUAUCGAUGCCACGGACCUCUUUGACAGAUAUGAGGAGGACUAUGAGGAUGAGGCCGGAGGGGGAGUCCCACACGUGGAGAUCAACAAGAUGCACAUAUCACAAUCCAUAGAGGCUCCUCUCACUACAAAAGACACAGCCGUUUUGUCCGGCUCCCUGUCGACCCACAAUGGAAAUGGAGGUGGCAACAUUAACUUGGCCUUGAGAAGAGUCACCUCGGCGAAGGGCUGGGGAGAGGUAGAGUUAGGUGCUGGAGACACCCACGGACCUCUCUUAGGGAUGAAGAUAUUCCGAAACUUAACACCUCGAUGCUUUGUGACGGCUCAGUGCGGCCUGCAGUUCUCAUCUCGAGGCGUGCGUCCCGGGGUCACCACGGUUCUGGCCCGUCACCUAGACAAGAACACUAUGGGCUACCUGCAGUGGCGGUGGGGGAUCCAGUCCUCUAUGAACACCAGCAUCGUCAGGGACACCAAGAGCAGCCAUUUCACCUUCGCAGUGCAGAUUGGCAUUCCUCAAACUUUUAUGAUGAUGAGCUACCAGUACAAGUUCCAAGAUGACGAUCAGACGAAGAUUAAAGGCUCCGUAAAAUCCGGUUUCUUCGGCACCGUGGUGGAGUACGGUAUUGAGAGGAAGAUCAGUCGACACAGCGUCCUGGGGGCCACCGUCAGUGUGGGAGUGCCUCAAGGUGUCUCCCUCAAGAUCAAACUAAACAGAGCCAGCCAGACGUACUUCUUCCCGAUUCACCUGACCGACCAGCUGCUGCCGAGUGCUGUAUUUUAUGCCACAGUUGGACCAUUGGUUUUCUACCUCGCCAUCCAGCGGCUUGUUAUCCGGCCUUACGUGCGGGCCCAGAAGGAGGAAGACUUGGAGAAGCACCGGGAGAGCUCGGCCUCUAAUAUUGCCAGAAAAAAACAGGAAGCAGAAGGAGCAGUCUUGCUCAUGCAGGAGUCUGUGCGCAGGAUAAUUGAAACUGAGGAGUCCAGAAUGGGUCUCAUCAUCCUCAACGCCUGGUACGGCAAGUUUGUGACGGACAACAGUAGAAGACACGAGAGGGCAAAGGUCAUUGACGUGACCGUGCCCUUGCAGUGUCUGGUGAAGGAUUCAAAACUCAUCCUCACCGAGGCCACAAAGUCUGGACUCCCUGGCUUCUACGACCCCUGUGUGGGGGAGGAGAAGAGCCUAAAGGUGCUGUAUCAGUUCCGUGGAGUCAUGCAUCAAGUCCUGUCAGGAGACUCGGAGCCACUCAGGAUACCAAAGCAAUCUCACAGGAUCGACGCCGACACAUAGGAGGAGCCCCUCCGCUGACCAAAAGGACUCAACUCUGGGCUGUGGAUAAUGAAGCUGGAUGAACGUGUCCUGGAUGCGACAUUGGUUUAAGUCCCUGUUACUCAGAAAUUGUUCAUUUACCUUUUUUGUCUUUAUAUUCAUUUAAAUAAGCAGAGCGGAGAAUGAGCGUCACAGACUGGGCUGAUCAUAAGUCAGUAUCCACAGACAGGGUUGUGGCCUGCUUGAAAUUCUAAUGUGACUCCAAAAUCAAUGGCUACCUACCAUCCUACUUCUCAGGGCUCAGAGCCUCCCUGGUAUCCAUUCAUUUUUGGUAUCGCUUGUAAUUUAUGAUCGAGUUCUAUGUACUGUAUUGUACAUAGACUGCAGUGCCUAUGUGAUUGAAGACAUGAAUGCACCUCUGUGUAUUUGCCAUAUUAUUAAAAAAGAAGUCUCUCUAA